AUGCUUUACGCUUACAAGAAAAUCAAGGAGCAUCGCCAGCAAAAGGCCCUCGCUCAGCCGACACCACCACCGCAAGGCGACUCGACCCUGGGGCAGACUGGUUCCGAUGCGCUGCAAAAGCCCGUGGCCGAUGAUGCCCCGAAAAACGUCAAGGUCAAGAAAGAACGCUCUCCAGAGGAAAUCGCCGACAAGAAGCGUCGCGCCGCCUACCGCUGGAAGCUCAUCGCCGGCCUCUGCGGUCCCUUUGCGCUGCAAGCCCUCGACACCACCAUCAUUGCCUCUGCUCUCUCCGACAUUGCGACAGAAUUCCACCAGGUCAAGCAGCUCAACUGGAUCAUCUCCUCCUUCAACCUCACCUCGGCCGCCUUUCUCUUCUUCUGGGCGCAAAUGACCGACAUUUUCGGCCGCCACGCCACCGUCCAGGCCGCGCUCGUCAUCAUGCUCGUCGGCUCCGCCAUCUGCACCGCCGCGCCGACCUCGUCCUUUGCCGCGCUGCUCGUCGGCCGCGCCGUCCAGGGCGUCGGCUGCGCGGGCGUCAACAUGUCGGUGCGCACCAUCCUCGCCGACCGCGUCUCGCUCUCCGAGUUUGCCACCAACUGGACCAUCUUCGUCCUCAUCAACGGCGUCAGCUUCGGCCUCGGCCCGCUCAUCGGCGGCUACCUCACCCAGGCCUCGUGGCGCUGGUGCUUCGCCAUCAACCUGCCCGUCGGCGCCGUGUCGGUCGUGCUCGUGGCGCUGCUGCUGCGCAAGGAGCUCAUCGGCCCGCAGCCGCUGCCCGAGCUGGCGGGCUCGGACACGGAGAGCUCCUUGCGCGGGCGGUUCGUGGCCAGGAUCUCGACGGUGGACCUCACCGGCCAGCUGCUCUUCAUCCUCGGCAUGGGGCUGCUUCUGCUGGCCUUUACCUGGGGCGGCAGCACGUACGCCUGGAGCUCGCCGGCCGUCAUUGCGCCGCUUGUCGUUGGCGCUGUGCUCACCGUGGCGUGGCUGCUGUUUGAGCGCUCCAUGGCCGGCGGCCGCGCCAUGGCCCGCGUCUUUUCGCGCCAGCGCGCCAUGAUGCCCUGGGAUCUUCUCUCGCAGCGCGACACCCUCAUCGUCUUCCUCAUCACCUUUAUCGGCGGCAUGGCCAUGUUUGCCGCCAUGUACUUUAUGGAUCUCUACUUUACCUUUGUCGAGGGCAAGAGCCCCAGCGACGCCGGCAUCGGCCUGCUCUUUUACAUGCCCGGUCUCGCCGUGGGUGUCUACAUGGCCAUCUUUGCGUCCAAGUUCUGGCCGCGCCAGACCCUCCCGCCGCUGGCCUUUGGCGCGCUCACUACCGCCGUCGGCAUUACCGUCCUCGCCUACGCCGUCCACGAGAAGAACACCAGCCUCAUCUACGGCAUGCUCGCCCUCAUCGGUCACGGCGUCAUGCUCCGCCUGAACCCUGGCUCGCUGCACUGUCUCGGCUACUUUCCCGAGCGCACCUCGCAGAUUACUUGCCUGUCUGCCUUUGCCACGCCUUUUGGUGGCCUCGUCGGCUUGACCAUCAUGACGACCGUCUUCAACAACAAGAGCGGUGUCAACCACCUCGACGCCAAGGAGGGCAUCACUUGGGCUUUCAUCUCCAUGAUUCCCUUUAUGUGGGUGUGCGUGAUUCUGGCGCUGUGCCUGGGCAAUGUCUGGAUUUUGAAGAAUGGCGACCACGAGAUCCUCAAGGGCUCGUACCUUCUUGGUCUCGUUCGCAGCGGGCCCCUGGACAAGGAGCUGCGCCAUCGCGGCGAGGGCCAUUUUCGCGAGAGCACCAUGGACAAGACGGUUCAGCCUGCGGAAGACAACUGCUAA